ACCCAACCAAUCAAUCUUCAUGUUUCGCUGCAGUGGGCGGAGCCGCGGCCCAACGCUGCUGUACGAUACUACCGAGCCUUUGGAUUCCUAAAAACGGAAGAAUUAAGAGUAAAACCGUGAGAAAAGAUCGAAAACGACCUUGAACGGCAGCAUUAGCUGACCUGCAGCUAUGGACCCAUCUUUACCCCCCGACCCGAACCCUGAGCCUGAACCCAGCCCAGACGUGAGUCCACCGGCAGAUGCUGCUCAGGAGUCACCCGUCGAACCCUCAGAUUCAAUUCCACAAUCAUGCGAUGAACUGAUUUCAGGUCCGACCCUAGAACCAUGUCCAGAAUCAACUCCAGCACCAGAUCUGACGCCGGGAUCGAUCCCAGCGUCUCCUCCUGCUGCAAACACCUACAAAAUCAUGACCUUCAGACCCACCAUGGAAGAGUUCAUGGACUUCAAGAAGUAUAUCGCUUAUAUGGAGUCACAAGGAGCUCACCGCAUUGGCCUGGCAAAGGUUAUUCCACCGAAAGAGUUCAUACCACGUCGUACCUACGAGACGAUCGAGGACAUGGUCAUUCCUGCCCCCAUCAUGCAGGUGGUGACAGGCCAGUCGGGACUCUUCACGCAGUACAACAUCCAGAAGAAGUCGAUGACGGUCGGAGAGUACCGCAAACUGGCCAACAGUAAAAAAUACUGCACCCCUCAACACAAAGACUUUGACGACUUGGAGAGGAAAUACUGGAAAAAUCUGACGUUUGUGUCGCCCAUCUAUGGUGCUGAUAUCAGUGGGUCGCUUUAUGACCCGGACAUCAAAGAGUGGAACAUCGCUCAUCUGGACACACUUCUGGACAUGGUGGAGCAGGAGUGCGGGAUCGUCAUCGAGGGCGUCAACACGCCCUACUUGUACUUCGGCAUGUGGAAAACCACGUUCGCCUGGCACACGGAGGACAUGGACCUCUACAGCAUCAACUACCUGCAUUUUGGGCAGCCAAAAUCCUGGUAUGCGAUUCCUCCCGAGCACGGCAAGAGACUGGAGAGGCUGGCACAAGGUUUUUUCCCGGGAAGUUCUCAGGGCUGCGAUGCGUUCCUCCGUCACAAAAUGACUCUCAUUUCUCCCUCCAUCCUGAAGAAAUACAGCAUCCCCUUCGACAGGGUCACUCAAGAAGCGGGCGAGUUUAUGAUCACGUUCCCGUACGGAUAUCACGCCGGGUUCAACCAUGGCUUCAACUGUGCAGAGUCCACCAACUUUGCAACGCUGCGCUGGAUCGACUACGGCAAGAUGGCCACACAGUGCUCUUGCCGCAAAGACAUGGUGAAGAUCUCGAUGGACGUGUUUGUGCGCUGCCUGCAACCUGACCGCUACGAUCUGUGGAAACAAGGAAAGGACAACACGGUCCUGGACCAUCUAAAACCGACGACCCUCACCUGUCCUGAGCUGGAGCACUGGAGGAAAACCAGAGUCACGUACAGAGAGAAACUACUGCGAAGGACGCAGGCGAAGGUGAAACAGUUCCGGCGUCUGAAGCUGGAGGAGAUGAAGGUCCUGGCGGAGGAGGGGAUCGAGCUGGAUAUGACCGAGUACAUGACGAAGGUGGAGGAGAGAGAGGAGCAGAGGAGGAAGAGGAAGGAUGAACGGAUGGACCGCGAGGCGCUCCUGACCCUGGAGGCGCUGGAGAGAGAGGAACAGGAACAGGCCGAGGCGGCACUACGGGAAACAGGUGAAGAUGAAAAACCAGAUACCAAGGAUCUUAUAUUGGAAAAUGACCAGCAGAAAAAGAGGAAGAAGAAGAAGAUGAAGAAUCCCGAUGAGAUCAGCUUCCAGGAGGCGUUUGAACAUUUCACUACAAAUGACCUUCAAAACCAAAAUGGCCUACAGAUAAGUCCCUUCACAAAACUAAAAAAGAAGGUAGAGGUGAAAAAGAGCCGACGGCAUCCGCUCAGCAAACCACCCAUGAGAGCACCGCACUCCAUAGUCAAACAGGAAGCCUCCAGCGAUGAGGAGCUGUACGGUGGACUGCCAGUAGGUGGAGGUGUGGAACCGGACGUCAAGAAGACGCAAGAUAGCGAUCUGUGGCAAAACAGCUUGCCGAAUUUCGUAGCUGAGAAACAGUUCAACGCUGCCAUGGCAUCUAUCAAGCCACACUGCGCCGUAUGCGUGCUCUUCUGUCCAUACACGCAGCCUCUGAAGGAUCACGCCCAUCUCUCAGACACACCCGGGCCGGCAUCCAAGGUCGGUUCUCGCAGUCGUCCUCUGCUUCCAGAGAUGUGUUUCAGUGUGGGGGCUGAGAACACUGAACCUCUCCCAUCGAAUUCCUACAACGGUGAAGAUGGUACCAGCGUCCUGCUGUCCUGCGCAAGCUGCAGUCUACAAGUUCAUGCUAGUUGUUACGGCGUCAACACCGAUAUAAAGCAGGAGAGCUGGAUGUGUUCUCGAUGUAGCGUGCAGGCGUGGACGGCCGCCUGCUGUUUGUGCAGUUUAAGAGGAGGGGCUUUGAAGAAAACCACAGAUGACAGGUGGGUUCACGUGAUCUGUGCCGUCGCCGUUCCCGAGGUUCGAUUCGUGAAUGCAGUGGAGCGAGAGCCGGUGGACGUGACCGCUGUCCCGGACACCAGGAAAAGUCUGAAGUGCGUGUACUGUCACAAGACGACCAAACAGACCUUCGGCGCAUGUAUCCAGUGCUCUGCCGACAACUGCUCCACGUCCUUCCACGUCACCUGCGCCCUCCUCGCCGGGGUGGUGAUGAAGCCCGCCGAUUGGCCGUACGUGGUGUCAGUGACCUGCCACAAACACAAACAGACCAAUCAGAAGGUCAAAGGCAACUCCCGUGAUGUGUCUCUGGGUCAGGAGGUCAUAGGCAAGCACAGUAACGGCUGGUUCUAUCGCUGUACCAUCACCGGGAUCGGUUCCCAGAGCUUUUACGAGGUCAAUUUUGAUGAUGGUUCCUACUGUGAUAACGUCUUUCCGGAAAACAUACUGAGUCACGACUGUCUACGGAACGGUCCUCCAGAUCUUGGAGAACUUGUCGUGGUCAAGACGUUAGACGACCAGAUACUUAAUGCAUCUUUUAUUAAGGAACACGUCCAUAGGAAGUACCAGGUUGAGUUUCAGGAUGAGACACAGCUCCUACUGAAACGAAGUGAGAUUCACUCUCUGGACCAAGAACUGCCCAAGAGAGUCUUGUCUCGUCUGGCAACUGUGAACCAACAGCAACCUCAGGCCCAGCCAUCAGAUGAACCUCUGGCCGCAAAGCGUCCACGUUUGCCGACGCCGCCCCCCACACUAGCAGCCGAAACCCCGGAGCUACCUCCUGAAUUAGUCUCUGCUUUCCUGCCCAGCAGUAUUACUCCAAACACCAGCACUGCCCCCUGCCUUCCUCCUGCAACCACACUGCCCGCCCCUUCCCCUCAACCCAGCGAAACCUACUCGCACAGUUCCAGCUAUGUAGCCUACAUGGAGUCUCUCCUAAACUCUGACUUUCCCCCAGAGGACGGCGAACAAGGCGGCGAGCCGAUGUAUUAAAGCGCUGACCGCCCGCCUCUACUGCAUGUUUCAUUAUUCUCGCUGUUGUGCUAAUCUGAGUCUCGCCGCCAUCUAACUAAGCGCUGUGAUUUCAGACAAUUGAAACGGACCCAGUACAUCACCUUGGGGAACGCCGCACUCUUCCGACCCCUCAACGAUCCAUCUCUUUCUCUUGGAAAGAGGCGCCAGAAUUUUUUUUUUGGAAGAAAUGAUCACACAUUGUAUGUGCCGUUUACUUUAUACCUGAUUUUCUGUAACGAGUACGAAAUAUUUUUCUAAAUCAAGCCAAAUGUUACGCUAACCGGUCAUUUAUCAAAUAGACAGUCUAUAUCUGUACAGUUUCAGGUAUUUUUCUCAAUGCAAAGGGUUGGGGGUCACAGGAAGUGUUUAGGCUUUGGGAUUUAAGGAGUAUUUAAAUGUCUUUUGUCACAUAUAGAUUUAAUAUUUGUAUAAAGAAAUGACAGCAUCAAAAGCUAUGGCUUUUAGUUAGCGUACACGUUUGUGUUACGAUAGAUUUGAGCGUCUUUAUGUAUCUUUCUGUCAAUUAUAAUCAACGAUUUAACAUUUUUCAGCACCAGGUGAAUGGGUUUGUUUUUGUAGAAUACUUGGUAUAUGUAGACGUUGAUAUUAAAUACUAUUCACCCGUCUGUUUUUAUUAAAAUUACUGUUGUUGUUAUUAUUAUUUUUUAUUUCUAUCGAUUUUUGUUUGAUGAUAUAAAAAAGAGGUGAAACUUCGAUAAUGUUGAAAUGAAAGAAGUUUAAUUUUAUCAUUUAUAUUCACAUACAUUGGAAAGUAUAGGCAUUAAACACAUAUGAGAGUCGCCUACUCAAGGUGCUAUUAAAGUCCUAAACUACUGAGGGCUUUUUGGGUCACAUGACCCACGAGGUGUACAUACUAGAUGUCCUAUGAAAUGGCUGUUUUCCUUCAGUGUACCUUCUUAAGUCUUAUUAAAUCUUCUGCCACGUCUCCUUCAAAUAAAGGGUCUGAAACUGGCUUUACUUUACGAUUUGGUUUCAGUUUUUUUUUUGGUUUUGCUUGAAGCCUUGCCGCAAAUGUGCGGUCUUCCAGCCUCAGUUUGCUUUAUUUCUUUUUGAAUUUUUAGCUGAAUAAUUGUCAAAGAUGCAAAAUAGACACUGUUUAUUUCAAAUGAUGUUACGUAGAGCCAAAGCAGUACAUCCAUUGAGUUCAGUGUGUCAGACUCCCUCAUAUCUCACGACUGGUAUUAAGUAAGAAAAGAUGAUGAGGGUCUCUGGCAUUUGUACUCAUUUGUUCCUGAGGUUUUUGGUUUGCGUUAACACAGGUGCAAAUUCAAUGACAUACCACAAUAGGUCACAUAUUGAUGACGGCAGUGUUUAUCUGUGCAGAAGUACUAGGAAAGAUUCUAAUAAAAUGUGAAGUGAAACUGUG